UGAGAGAGAAACCACGCUUCUGAAUUUAUAAUGAGUAGACAACAUGUGGACCAGGUCGUCAAAUUUGACUGUUUAAACGAUCAUGUGUUUCAUUUCCACAAUUUAUUUGUUUUUACCACACACCUAAACCCUAAUUAAUUUAUUCUUUUCUUUCCACCGCGUUUCAAUUGUCAAACUACCGCCAGUCCACAUUAUAUGUUUGUAACAACUCCACCAGAUUAUCGGUUUCCUAUAAAAUAAGACCACAACCCUAACCAUUAUUUCCCAAACACACCAUCUGCAACUGCAAGAAUCUUGGAAAACAAACCCACAUAUCCAUAAAGCUCGAAGCUAUGUCAAUGGCGACUUCUUCUUCCAUCACCGUCUUCUCUGCAAAGCCAACGAGUACGAGGUCUUGGAAUCCCAUCUCGAGAUUAGCCGUUUCCAAGUGCAAGAACCACGAAUUGAGCUUCUGGGCCCGAAAGAAAACACUCCAAUACACCAGGAAAUCAUUUGUUGUGAGUGCCAACACUGCACCUGGAGUUCCACCAGCUUCUGGCCCACCAUCUUCUUCCAAACCCAUGAGCUGGAUUCUGGGACUAGUGGUAUCAUUUAUUCUACCUUUUUUCACCAACAAAUGGGGGCCAUUAUGGGUGAUUAAAAAUAAGCUGGAAAAUGCAGUUCAAACGGUGGAGGACAUAGUGGAGGCGGUGGAGAAGGUGGCGGGAUCCGUCGACAAAAUCGCCGAGGACAUCGCCGACGAUCUUCCCGAGGGAUCAAAGCUGCGCGAUCUUGUUGAGAAGGUCGAACAUUUGGCUGAGAAAACAGCCAAGACGGCUGACUCUCUCGACAACGUCAUCGACAAGGUUCAAGAAGCUAGUGACCAGGUGGACGACAUUGUAUGUGCAACCAAAGAAGAAAAAAGUUCAUCUGAAGCUGCAAAAAAUAAAAAUGAUUGAAUUUUUUCAUUUUAACUAUGGUUCAACACCAAUUUUAGUUACAUUUUUCGAAGUUAUUAUUUGUAAAUAAACUAAAAGAAAUAAAAAUAAACAAAAUUCCCAUUUGAUUUUUUUUAAAGAAAUACUUUUGAUAUCUCUUGAUGUAGCAAUUUCGGAUCAUCUGUAUCAGUUUUCAAGAAUUUAAUUGGAGGUCAUUCUUCCAGCAAUAUGAUUUAUCAAA